GGAAACAAAGCGAAGGAGCUGCCAGGUGGCGAGGAGGAGAGGGGCUGGAGCUCCCUGCUGCCAUGGGGGCGCAGGACCGGCCUCAGUGCUUCUUUGAUAUAGAAAUAAAUCGGGAACCAGUUGGUCGAAUUAUGUUUCAGCUGUUCUCAGAUGUAUGUCCAAAGACUUGCAAAAACUUUCUUUGCUUAUGUUCAGGUGAAAAAGGAAUUGGAAAAACAACUAGAAAAAAGCUGUGUUACAAAGGCUCUACUUUCCAUCGUGUGGUUAAAAACUUCAUGAUUCAGGGUGGAGACUUCAGUGAAGGUAAUGGAAAAGGAGGUGAAUCUAUUUAUGGUGGAUAUUUUAAAGAUGAAAACUUUGUUCUCAAACAUGACAGAGCGUUCCUUUUGUCAAUGGCAAACCGAGGCAAACAUACCAAUGGUUCCCAAUUUUUCAUAACAACAAAGCCUGCUCCUCAUCUUGAUGGUGUACAUGUUGUCUUUGGACUGGUUAUUUCUGGUUUUGAAGUAAUAGAACAAAUAGAAAAUCUGAAAACUGAUACUGCAAGUAGGCCAUAUGCAGACGUGCGAGUUAUUGACUGUGGGGUGCUUGUUACAAAAUCAGCAAAAAAUGUUUUAGAGAAAAAGAGGAAAGCAUCUACUCACUCAGAAGCUUCAGAUUCCUCCUCUAGCUCAUCAACCUCUUCAGAAUCUUCAUCGGAAAGUGAAGUUGAAAAUGAGAAAAGUAGAAGAAGAAAGCGUAAGAGAAGAACUAAAAUUAAACAAUCAAGAAAGCGAAGAAGGGAAGAGAAAAAGAAAGAGGAGCCAAGGUGCAAACGGCUAUCAAACCAAAGAGGCAGCCAUUCUGACAAGAGUGAUGUAAAUGAGAGAAAAUCAGUUGACUUGAGCACAAAAAGGGACAAACCUGUGGUUCGCCCUGAAGAAAUUCCGCCAGUGCCUGAAAAUAGAUUUUUGCUGAGAAGAGAUGUGCCUGUUGUCAAAGUAGAAUCUGAGCCGAAACUUCUUGACGUUGCACCAGUUUUGACUGACCAGAAGCCGUCAGUCUCUAAAUCUGGAAGAAAAAUUAAAGGAAGAGGAACAAUACGAUACCACACACCACCUCGAUCACGAUCCUGUUCUGAAUCUGAUGAUGAUGAGAGCAGUGAAACCCCUCCUCAUUGGAAAGAGGAGAUGCAGAGGUUAAGAACAUACAGACCACCCAGUGGGGAGAAGUGGAGUAAAGGAGAUAAGUUGAGUGACCCAUGUUCAAGCAGAUGGGAUGAAAGAAGUUUGUCCCAGCGAUCAAGAUCUUGGUCACAUAAUGGCUAUUCUGAUCUCAGUACCCUGAGGUAUACCAGCCACCACAAAAAGCACCGAAAAGAGAAAAAGAAGACAAAACACAAAAAGAAAGCCAAAAAGCAAAAGCAUUUCAAGAAACAUAAACAAACUAAAAAAAAGAGAACCUCACCCUCAUCAGAGGUAGAAUCCUCUCGUUCUUCUAUCAGGAGGACAAAGUCAUCUCGGGAUCGUGAGAGGAAGUCUCCUUCUUCCUCAUUAUCUUCUAGACGCUCAUCCAGAAGAGACUGGUCUAAAUCUGACAAAGAUGACCAGAGUUCAUCAACUCUAUCGAGCAGAGAUUCUCGAUCAUAUUACAGGUCCAGGUGUAGAUCCAGAUCUAGAUCUAGAUCAAGGUCUUAUUCCAGAAGGAGUUCUAGAUCAAGAACAGCAUCUAAAUUGUCUCAUUCUCGAAGCAGAUCAAGAUCUAGCACUAACUCCAGGCAUCACAGGACAGUUUCAAAUUCACCACGAAAUACUAAAGCAGAAUUGAAUGAAAAUAAGCCAAAUAAGACUGAACCUGUAAGAGCAGCAAUACCACAGAGUGAUAAAGUUGUAGUACAACCUGUUGUAGCUGAAAAUAUUCCGGUUAUAUCGUUAAGUGACAGUCCUCCACCUUCCAGGUGGAAACCUGGACAAAAGCCCUGGAAACCAUCCUAUGAGCGAAUUCAGGAAAUGAAAGCUAAAACAACCCAUUUAAUGCCUACCCAAAGUAACUACAAUUUAACAAAUAUUAAAGAGGUUAAUACUUCCUCCUCCUCCUCCCGUAAGCGACAAAAGAGUUCAGAUAGUGAUCGAAGUGGUUAUUCAAGGUCUCAUAGUGAGAGAAGUUCAGAUAGUUGGCUAAGAUCAAGGAGCAGGUCUUCUCGAAGCAGAUCCUACUCUAGAUCUUAUACAAGAUCAAGGAGUCCAUCUAGUUCAAGAUCAAGAUCUCGGUCAACUGGCAGAUCUCAAUCACCAAAUAGAUACCGCAGUGAUCAAUCAGGUUAUAGCGGGUCAUCAUCUUAUUACUCUCUUAGUGAUGAUGAUAGACAUGGAAGCAAAAGGAAAUCUGAAUCCAGUGAACAAAAUUUCCAAUCAUUGAAGAAAAGGCAAGAGAGUAGCUCUGAAAGUAGCACAGUUGUCAGGAAGAGUAAAACCUAUGAUGAGUCUUCUCAAGGACGAAAAGAGAGUGAGAGAAGAUCAUCUUUAGACUUUUCUACAGAUAGUGAGCAUUCUGUUAAAAUACAGCCAGUCCAGGAGAAAGAAGGACAUUCUCAACCAGAAGGAGACAACCAGAAAGAGAAUAAAAACAAUUUGACUGCUGACAGAAGUGAGGAGAAAUCCAAGUCUGAAUGGGACAGUGACCAUUCAAAAAAGAAAUCUUUGAGGGAGAAAACUUCUGAACAGCAUAGAAGUGGUGCAAAGACAAAAAGAAAGACUUAUUCAGGCAGUAAAUGGGACUCGGAAUCAAAUUCAGAAAGAGGAGAGACUAGAAACGGUAGAGAAGAUUCUAGGCCCUCGUCCAGUAAAGAGGAAGGUGAGGCCACAUCAGGAUCUGAUACAGAGCUCAGUCUUACCAAAAGCAGGGUGAAAACUAAAUCAAAUUCUUCAGAAGGUUUUCUGGAUUCUUCUGAUCAUACUUGGAAAACAAGCAAGCAACAGUCCUCCUCUUCUGCAUCUGAGAAUUCCCACUCCAGUUUGGCAAAUAUUAAAGGAAAGUCAAAAAAACACAAACAUGGGUCCAAAAAGAACCUCAAAAAAUCACAUUCCAAAAAAGCCAAAGAGAAAUCAAAGGAGAAAAAAGAGAAGAAGCAUAAGGUUCAGAAACAAAAAGAGCUUUUUCACUGGCAGCCUCCACUGGAGUUUGGGGAGGAGGAAGAUGAGGACAUGAAUGAAAAGCCUGUUACCAGAGAUGAUAAAAAACAAAAGCAACUUACCAGGGACCGUAAAGAUAAAAACCAACAAGCUUAUGAAAACAACAAAAUGUGCAAAGAUAAAACUGGAAAUGGUGAAAAGUCUUGUGAAGAUGAGAACCUCUCAAGUAGGAACACUACGUGCAAUACAUCACCAGAGCAUAGUCACCUUAAUAAAGACAACAGUGAGCACAACUAUUCAGCCAGUACAUUAAAUCCAGAAAUAAAUGUGGCUACUUCAAAGAAAGGUGUUAAACAUAUUGAAGAAAGUAAACAAAAUGGAUCAGAGGAUUUUAUGCAGACAGAUGAUAACAUGGAGAUUUGUACUCCAGAUCGUAACUCUCCUGGGAAGGUGGUUGUGGACAUUUUGUCUCCUGUCAUCCUGAGUGCUAAAUCUCAGACUUUAAAUAUUAAUGCAAACAAAGAUUUACAGAAUGAGAACCCUGGACCAGACACAGCCAAACAAGGAAACCGUAUUAAACAAUUGAUCAAUGUUAAAGAAGUCAAAAAAAUAGAAAUACAAGACAGUAGCUCCGUCACCAUGGUCGCUACUGUGGAAAACACUUUGAAAACUGAAAUAACUGAAAAUACACAAAGCAGUAUGAUCGAUAAUAAAUGGAAACCUUUACAGGGUGUAGGUAAUCUACAAUCUGCUACUACUAGUAGUGCUGCAGAAGUUACAAACAGUACUUCAGCACCUGACUCUAAGCCACAAGGUUUAAGAAUAGAAAUAAAAAGUAAAAAUAAAGUCAGGCCAGGAUCUCUGUUUGAUGAAGUUAGAAAGACAGCACGGUUAAAUCGGAGACCAAGGAACCAGGAGAGUUCAAGUGAUGAACAGUCUCCUCCAAGUAGAGAUGACAACAGCCAAUCCAGGAGUCUAAGUAGGUCACGAAGUAAAUCUGAAUCUAAAUCCAGACAUAGAACAAGAUCUCUAUCCUACAGUCACUCAAGAAGUCGAUCACGAAGUUCCACUUACUCAUAUAGAUCAAGAAGCUAUACAAGAAGCCGAAGCAGAGGAUGGUACAGUAGAGAUCGGUCAAGAAGUCGAAGUAGAUCUUACCACAGUUACAAAAAUCAUAGUCGAACCUAUAGUAGAAGUCGAUCCAGAAGCAGUUCAUAUGAUCAUCACAGUCGAUCCAGGUCAUAUACUUAUGAUAGUUACUAUAGCAGAAGUCGUAGUCGAAGUAGAAGUCAGAGGAGUGACAGCUACCGCAGAUCUCGAAGUUAUGACAGACGAUCCAGGAGUUUUAAUCUUUUUUUUUUUAAUUGUAGGUCUUAUGGCUCUGACAGUGAAAGUGAUCGCAGUUAUUCUAACAACCGAAGCCCCAGUGAAAGCAGCAGAUCUAGCUGA